CCUCAUUCCUUCCGGUUGACCUCAUGACAGAUGCAGCUGAACUUUCGGUAUUUUAACAGCUAAAAAAAACCUCUCUGUAAUCGUUAAAACAUCCCGUUAUCCAUUUUAUCUGACCAGUUAAAGCGGUGCGCUGUAUGACAAGGACCUGUUACUUCUAUAUAUUGACGUUAAUAUCCUCCGACCGAUAACUGAAAGUAACUUUAGCUCUCCAUGGCACCUCUCCGGGUCCUGUGCAUCCAUGGUUACCGUCAGAACGGCCGCUCGUUCCGCGAGAGGACCGGAGCUCUGCGGAAGCUGCUGAAGAAACACGUGGAGCUCGUUUACCUGAGUGCACCGCACAGUGUCCCGCAAACCAGCAGCGAAGAAGCUCCAGAGAAGGAGAAUGGUUCUGGACCUGGACCUGGACCUGGAGGCGAUGAGGACUCCAAGGGGUGGUGGUUUUCUGACAUCCAGGCUCGGAGUUUCAAUGCCCAGCAGCAGUGUGAAGAAAGCCUGGGGCUCAACGAGAGCGUGACGGUUGUGAGAGAAGCUGUGAAGGUCCAAGGUCCAUUUGACGGCAUCCUGGGCUUCAGUCAGGGAGCAGCUUUUGUGGCCAUGCUGUGCUCUCUUCAGGAGCAAAAACUGGAGCCAGAGUUCAGCUUCCGCUUUGCCAUCCUUGUCGCUGGUUUCCGCAGCGCAUGUAAGGAACAUCAAACGUUCUACAACACACCUCUCCAGAUCCCGUCCCUGCAUGUGUUUGGACUGGAGGACAGAGUCAUCCCAGACAACAUGAGCAGGGAGCUCCUCCCCUCCUUCCAAGACCCUCAGGUCCUGACACAUCCUGGUGGUCAUUUUGUUCCUGCUGCAUCUGCUCACAGACAAACCUACCAGGACUUUCUCAAGAGGUUCCAGUGAGAGAUGAAAGUCACAGAAACUCAGGGACUAAGGCGAAAGGCCAGGGAAUGCUGAUUGUUUAAUGUUCAGAAAAAUCUUGUGAUAACAUAAUUGAUACCAGAGGCACUUUGAGUAAAAAUGCCAAGUUCAGAAUCAUGACCUCUGGAAGCUGAUCUGAUCCUUCCAACAGUGCAGUGACUGCUGUCCUUCUCAGGGAAGAUAUCUUGUUACAGACAAUAAAUUGACAUUGUUUAUGUAAUGUA